AUGUCGAACUACUUUUGGAAGAAGUUCCACAGCUGCUUCUCCAAACUCAAAAGCGUACCCACCAUCCAAACCCCUCCAAACAAAGAUCCAAUCACCUCACCCAUGAUCUCCACAACUCCGUGCUCAAUCAUCCUCAAAAACUUCAACACCCUUUACGACCUUAACUCUUCAGACUCCACUGAUUUCUUCUCCUCCUCCGAUGACUCUGACGGCGCAGACUCACCCCCCGACUUUACCACCAUCUUCGCCUCCCACCGCUUCUUCUUCCCCUCCCCUGGCCGCUCCAACUCCAUUUUCGAGUCCCUGGACGCCGGGCAAGACCCUGAGAACGCAUUGGUGAAGGGAAGCGUCAAAGUGCCUAAGUACUCGCUAGAUCCUUACAUUGAUUUCCGGCGGUCAAUGCAAGAGAUGGCUGAAGCAAGAAAUCUCACCGACGUGACAAGGGAAUGGGAGUAUUUGCAUGAGCUUCUCUUAUGUUACCUUACACUGAAUCCUAAACACACCCACAGGUAUAUUAUUCGUGCUUUCGCCGACCUUGUCAUCUGUAUCUUGUCGUCGUCGUCGUCCCCAACGUUUUCUGCCGCCAAUCACUGCCGGGAGUCCAAGAACCGCCGGCAACGAUAUAUUUCACAGUAGUUGCAGGU